CUCUUGACGCGAGACUGCUGAACCGGAAGCCAAACAAGGGAUUCGGGUUUGGGGAACGUUACGUGUCAUUUUCGGAGUUUCAGUCAUUCAGAAAUCUGCUGAAGCCCUUCAGUGGUCAAACUCCUGCUGCUGCCCCCUCGCUGUUGAUGAGCUCGGUCCGCCUCUGCUUGCUGCUGCUAACGGCCCGAGGAUGAAGGCUUUGAUUCUGGUUGGGGGCUACGGGACGCGGCUGCGACCGCUCACCCUGAGCGUGCCCAAACCGCUGGUGGAGUUCUGCAACAAGCCCAUCCUGCUGCACCAGGUGGAGGCGCUGGUCAAGGCCGGGGUGAACCACGUCGUUCUGGCUGUCAGCUACAUGUCGGAGCUGCUGGAGAGAGAGAUGAGAGUCCAGGAGAAGAGACUCGGCAUUAAGAUCUCGCUGUCUCAUGAGAAGGAGCCUCUGGGAACCGCGGGGCCCCUGGCGCUGGCUCGGGAGCUGCUGAACAUCGAUAACGAGCCGUUCUUCGUCCUCAACUCGGACGUCAUCUGUGACUUUCCUUUCAAAGAUCUGCUGCAGUUUCACCGCAGCCACGGCAAGGAGGGAACCAUCGUGGUAACGCGGGUGGAGGAGCCGUCUAAAUACGGUGUGGUGGUUUACGAGUCUGAGAGCGGCAGGAUCCAACGCUUCGUGGAGAAACCGCAGGUCUUCGUCUCCAACAAGAUCAACGCUGGCAUGUACAUCUUCAAUCCCAGCAUGCUCAGCAGGAUACAGCUCAGACCGACGUCUAUUGAGAAGGAGAUAUUUCCCGUCAUGGCCGGAGAGGGGCAGCUGUACGCCAUGGAGCUGCAGGGGUUCUGGAUGGACAUCGGUCAGCCCAAAGACUUCCUCACAGGAAUGUGCAUGUACCUGCAUUCGCUGCGACAGCAGGCCCCCGAGAGGCUGCACACGGGCCCCGGGUUCCUGGGCAACGUCCUGGUGGACCCGACGGCGCAGAUCGGGGAGAACUGCACCAUCGGGCCGAACGUCACCAUCGGCGCCGGCGUUGUGGUCGAGGACGGCGUGAGGAUAAAACGAUGCACGGUGCUGAAGGGGUCCAGGGUCCGGUCGCACUCCUGGCUGGAGAGCUGCAUCGUCGGGUGGAGCUCGUCCGUCGGGCAGUGGGUGCGCAUGGAGAACGUGACGGUGCUGGGCGAGGACGUGAUCGUCAACGACGAGCUCUACCUGAACGGCGCCAACGUCCUGCCUCACAAAUCCAUCAGCGAGUCGGUGCCGGAGCCGCGGAUCAUCAUGUGAGGAGGAGGAAGAGGAGGAAGAGGAAGAGGAGGACGUCUCCUUAACCGAGCAGCCACGCUGUGCCGGGCCGGCCAGGACGAAACCACGAUGUGGAAGAUGGACAACCAACUCUUUUUUUUGUUUUGUUUUUUAUUUAAAUUUAAUUUGGACUCGUUUUAGCCCUGCUUGGCUGCAACUUCCACGGGUGGAUUAUAGGAACGGAGACC